GGCGCAGGAGGAGGGGCGCUGCUCGGCGCUGGCGCUCUGGGGGCUCGGCUUUGCCGCGCUCGGUGCACUCGGGCGAGAGCUGGAACGUGGAGCGGAGCUCCGAAGCCAGCGCAGCCACAGCCACCGCGAUGAGAGGCGCUCGCGGCGCCUGGGAUUUUCUCUGCGUCCUGUACCUCCUGCUCCGCGUCCAACCAGGCUCUUCUCAACCAUCUGUGAGUCCAGGGGAACUGUCUCCCCCAUCCAUCGUGCCUGCACAAUCAGAGUUAAUAGUCAACGCUGGUGACCAGAUCAGGCUGACAUGCACGGAUCCAGCCUUUGUCAGAUGGACUUUCAAGAGCCUGGAUCACACGAGCGAGAACAAGGACAGUGAGUGGGUCAGAGAAAAGGCCGAGGCUAGCCACACGGGCAGGUACACGUGCAUCAACAAAGACGGCUUAAGCAGCUCCAUCUAUGUAUUUGUUAGAGAUCCUGCCAGACUUUUCCUUAUUGGUCUUCCCUUGUAUGGGAAAGAAGACAAUGACACGCUGGUCCGCUGUCCUCUGACGGACCCAGAGGUGACCAAUUAUUCCCUCAAGGAGUGCGAUGGGAAGCCUCUCCCCGAAGACCUCACGUUUGUGCCCGACCCCAAGGCUGGCAUCACCAUCAGAAACGUGCAGCGUGCCUAUCAUCGACUCUGUCUACGCUGCACUGCCUAUCAGAAGGGCAAGUUGAUACAGUCGGACAGAUUCAUCCUGAAAGUGAGGGCAGCCAUCAAAGCUAUACCAGUUGUGUCUGUGUCUAAACCCAGCUAUCUUCUGAGGGAAGGGGAAGAAUUUACAGUGACAUGCACAAUAAAAGAUGUGUCUAGUUCCGUGGGUGCAAUGUGGAUAAAAGAGAACAGUCAGCUAACUAAAGCCCAGGUGAAACGUAAUAGCUGGCAUCGGGGUGACUUCAAUUAUGAGCGCCAAGAAACAUUGACAAUCAGCCCAACAAGAGUUAAUGAUUCUGGAGUGUUCAUGUGUUACGCCAAUAAUACUUUUGGAUCAGCAAAUGUCACAACAACCUUGAAAGUAGUAGAUAAAGGAUUCAUUAAUAUCUUCUCCAUGAUGAACACCACUGUAUUUGUAAAUGAUGGAGAAAACAUAGAUUUGAUUGUUGAAUAUGAGGCAUACCCCAAACCUGGACACCAUCAGUGGAUAUAUAUGAACAGGACCUCCACCAACAAAUGGGACGAUUAUCCCAAGUCUAAGAAUGAAAGUAACAUCAGAUAUGUCAAUGAGCUUCAUCUAACCCGGCUAAAAGCGACCGAAGGAGGCACUUACACAUUUUUCGUGUCUAACUCUGAUGUCAAUGCUUCCAUGACAUUUACUGUUUACGUGAACACAAAACCAGAAAUCCUGACUUACGACAGGCUCACGAAUGGCAUGCUCCAGUGUGUGGCAGCGGGAUUCCCAGAGCCCACAAUAGAUUGGUAUUUUUGUCCAGGAACAGAGCAGAGAUGUUCUAACUCUGUUCAACCAGUGGAUGUCCAGAUUCAAAACUCCUCUGUGCCGCCGUUUGGAAAACUCCUGGUUCAGAGUUCUGUAGAUUCCAGUAUGUUCCGGCACAAUGGCACGGUUGAGUGUAAGGCUUCCAACGAUGUGGGCAAGAUUUCUGCCUAUUUUAACUUUGCAUUUAAAGGUAACAAUAAAGAACAAACCCAUCCCCACACCCUGUUCACCCCAUUGCUGAUUGGUUUUGUGAUCACAGCUGGUAUGAUGUGCAUCAUUGUGAUGAUUCUCACCUACAAAUAUUUACAGAAACCCAUGUAUGAAGUGCAGUGGAAGGUUGUCGAGGAGAUAAAUGGAAACAAUUAUGUUUACAUAGACCCAACACAACUUCCUUAUGAUCACAAAUGGGAGUUUCCCAGAAACAGGCUGAGUUUUGGAAAGACCUUGGGUGCCGGCGCCUUUGGGAAAGUUGUAGAGGCCACUGCAUAUGGCCUAAUUAAAUCAGAUGCAGCCAUGACUGUUGCUGUCAAGAUGCUCAAACCAAGUGCCCACUUAACGGAAAGAGAAGCCCUCAUGUCUGAACUCAAGGUCCUGAGUUACCUGGGGAAUCAUAUGAACAUCGUGAAUCUCCUUGGAGCAUGCACUGUUGGAGGGCCCACCCUGGUCAUUACAGAAUAUUGUUGCUAUGGUGAUCUUUUGAAUUUUUUGAGAAGAAAACGUGAUUCAUUUAUUUGCUCAAAGCAGGAAGACCAGGCAGAAGCAGCACUUUAUAAGAACCUUUUGCAUUCAAAGGAGUCUUCCUGCAGUGACAACAGUACCAGUGAGUACAUGGAUAUGAAGCCUGGAGUGUCUUAUGUCGUCCCAACCAAGGCAGACAAAAGGAGAUCGGCAAGAAUAGCAGGCUCCUACAUAGAAAGAGACGUGACUCCCGCCAUCAUGGAGGACGAUGAGCUGGCCCUGGACCUAGAAGACUUGCUGAGCUUCUCCUAUCAGGUGGCAAAGGGCAUGGCUUUCCUCGCCUCAAAGAAUUGUAUUCACAGAGACUUGGCAGCCAGAAAUAUCCUCCUUACUCAUGGUCGAAUCACAAAGAUUUGCGAUUUUGGUCUAGCCAGAGACAUCAAGAAUGAUUCUAAUUAUGUGGUUAAAGGAAAUGCCCGACUGCCUGUGAAGUGGAUGGCCCCGGAAAGCAUCUUUAACUGCGUGUACACGUUUGAAAGCGAUGUCUGGUCCUAUGGGAUUUUCCUGUGGGAGCUCUUCUCUUUAGGGAGCAGCCCCUACCCUGGAAUGCCGGUCGAUUCCAAGUUCUACAAGAUGAUCAAGGAAGGGUUCCGGAUGCUCAGCCCCGAGCAUGCACCUCCUGAAAUGUAUGACAUAAUGAAAACUUGCUGGGAUGCUGAUCCUAUCAAAAGGCCAACAUUCAAGCAGAUUGUCCAGCUCAUUGAGAAGCAGAUUUCUGAUAGCACCAUUCACAUGUACUCCAACUUGGCCAGUUGCACCCUCAACCCAGAGAACCCCGUGGUGGUGGACCAUUCUGUGCGGGUCAACUCGGUUGGCAGCAGUGCCUCCUCCACACAGCCUCUCCUUGUGCACGAAGAUGUCUGAGCAGGAAGACCACUCGGGAUCAUCUCCCCUAUGGGAACGAUCCCCAUUCUUUUUGCUUCCAUGAUGGUUAUUUUGUUUUCCUUCCAUUUGCAUCCUGCGCCAGGGUAGUGGGCCCCCCACUGUAAUCCUGUUUUGAUGAGCACACUUUAGUGGCUGAUGCUUUCCUUGUCAUCAGCCACCAACCUAUCAAACUGUAUAUAUUCCCAAAAGCAAAGUAGCUCCUACUGUAAACAGAAAAAUAUUCUGAUUUAGACAAAGGGAGGGUGGCGUGGGCUAGAUGCCCAGAUUUCUUUCCAUUGCUUCUCCAGUUCUAUUUGAAAAGUAUGGUUGGUUUUUAUUUGCAUAAAGAGAAGUGUACUCACCUUUGGCCUGAAGACAGGAUCCAGGAUGAUAAGAAGAUACAUCAGGAUUGACAAUUGAAACCUAAUCUGGGUUUAAAAAGUCUAACAUUUCAUGCUGAGAAUGAGACCUAGGCCAAGAAAAAGGUGCCCCUGAACCUGGACCACUGUAUGAGCUUUUGUGUAUGCCUGGCCUGGUUUUUAAAUAGAAUUUACUCAGAAUUGAACUGGAGAUGAGGCCUCCUUAGCCCAGCACCUGUAUAUACUCAUCUAUAGAUUGUGCAUGUUCAUACAUUGGAGGGGGAGCCCACAAGGUUUAGUUUUUGAGUACAACCCUGGUGUUAUGUCUGCUGUGUACAGGAAUAGAUUGAGCCAUACAAUUUGAAGGAAACAGUUAAUACUGUUUUUUGUUUAAGGAAAGACUGUAACUGCCAAGUAUAGUCCUAACAAAAAGGUCCCCUUUUAGCCAAUGAACUUGGCCUGUCAAUUGCCCAGAAGAAGCCUACCAGCUUCAGAAUAGCAUUGUACUCCGUGAAUUUGGUGCUGUUGGAAGACAUGACAGAUUUACCACAUGAUUCUGCAGGCGUGCCGAGGCAGUGCUCUCUUAGUUUGGAUUCUUGAAUAGCAAAAAGCUAAUUGGAUUCAGUCUUCUUUACAGAUAUGUCUUGGACAUUGGGCCAGUAUCUCAUAUCGGUGUGUGUGUGCGUGCGUGCGUGUGUGUGUCUGUGUGUGUGUGUGUGUGUGUGUGUGUGUGCGCACACCUGCACAAGUUGAGGCAUAUUUGAGGGGAUCCUUUCCCCGAGUCCAAGAAGGUCCUUCAGUAUCUAAGAAGUAACUUGGCUUUCAUCGUCAGUCCUGCGUCUCUGCACAUAGCUGCCUAGAAUAGCUUACCAAGAGCUCACGUAGAAACUUGUCAGAAGUGGACAGUGCGUAGGGGCAUGCCUACCUGCAAUCCUGCACACCUAAGGCACUGUUAUUUAUACUCCACAUGCUGUACCCAUUCCCUAGACUUUAUCCACUGAAACAGAUGUGUUAGCUUUAGGCCAUGGCCUGGAUAUUAUUCUUGGUAGCUUACCUUCUUUCUCCCCCUCUCCUCAUUGCUGCCUAAUAUAAGAGGUAAAUGUGUACUUGGCAAGAUUUGUGUGUUGUCUUGCAAGAUUCAGGUCUGUUGCCUCCAUGGUUUCCUGUUACCCAUCCUUAGCCCAUAUUUAGAGCAGUUUCUCCCUUCAUCUGGAAGUGACCAUUUGCACUGGAGUUCGAUGCUCUCGCACCUUUCCAAAGUUAACAGCUUCGGGGUUGUGUUGUCAUGUAAAAGAUUGUUCCCAUUUGCCAUACUUUGUCUGAAAAAUACCUUUGUGUUCCUAUUAACUUUGAUUAUAGUAAGAAAAGUUAAUUGUAGUUGUCUAGGUACUUCAGGGGCACUUCAUUGAGAGUUUUGUCUUGGAUAUUAUUGAAAGUUUAUAUUUUUAUAAUUUUUUUUUACAUCUGAUUUUUUUUUUGCAGUUGCCUAAUGUUUGAAAUUAUUUUGUGGCUUUUUUGUAAAUAUUGAAAUGUAGCAAUAAUGUCUUUUGAAUAUUCCCAACCCCACGAGUCCUUAAAAAUAUUUUUUAUAUAUACAGUAACUUUAUGUGUAAAUAUAUAAGCGGUGCAAGCUUAAAGGUUGUUGUGUUUUCAUGUGUUUUUUUCCCGAUAUGUUGUCCAGUUGUUGACAGUUCUGAAGAAUUCUAAUAAAAAUGUAAAUAUAUAAAUCAAA